CUCUCUUUUCUCUUUCCUCAAAGUUCGUGCUCAGAGAGAGAGAGAGAGCUUCAGAGAAAUUAAGCUAAAGAGAGACACACAAUCAAACAAAUAAUGAGAGGACUCUCCAGAAACUCUGGCACGGCGGCGAUUUUCGCGAUCCUUGUAAUCCUCGCCGUCCAGCACUGGUCCGUCGCCGUAUCUUCGCAGUCCGUCGAGUUCGCCGGAGAUUUUCCUCCGAUCGAGACAGAGUGCCGUGGAACCAUCGCAGAGUGCUCGGUUUCCGCAGCCCUCGGCGACGAAGGAGAUCUCUUCUACGGCGGAGGAAUGGGAGCUGAGUUCGAGAUGGACUCGGAGAUCAACCGGCGUAUAUUAGCGAAUAGGAGGUACAUCAGCUAUGGUGCGCUGAGGAGAAACAGUGUUCCCUGCUCAAGACGCGGCGCAUCUUACUACAAUUGUCGACGUGGCGCUCAGGCCAACCCUUACUCUCGUGGCUGCAGCGUCAUCACUCGCUGCCGGCGCUAAAUCCCUGUAACUGUAAUUUCCUCAAAUAUUCUUUUCUUUUUCUUAUAUAUCAUUUUGCCGGUUUAUUUUUAUGAGUUCAUAGCAAAUUCAUACGCAUAUAUAACUUAUAUAUGUAUGUAAAUUUCUCUGAAAAUUAUCUCUGUUAUUGAUGUAAAAGUUUGUUGCAUAAACCAGGAAAAUAAAUAUUGAAUAAAAAUUAGAUAAUUUACAUUA